GGUUCAAUUCCUACUACAGUUAUACAUUUAAUUUUACAAGAUGGCUUUAAUCAACCUCUUAGUUUUAUACCACCCACUGUAGUAUGUUUGUAUUUACAUAACAUCAAGUAUCAAUUAAAACCUGGUUCAAUUCCAACAACAAUUAAACAAUUAUAUUUAGAAGAUGGCUUUGAUCAACCACUUAAUUUUAUACAACCCAAGGUAAGAUUUUUGUCUUUAGAUAACAUCAAGUAUCAAUUAAAACCAAGUUCAAUUCCUACUACAGUUACACAUUUAAUGUUACAAGAUGGCUUUAAUCAACCACUUAAUUUUAUACCACCUACAGUAGUAUGUUUGUAUUUAAAUAACAUCAGGUAUCAAUUAUUACCUUUUUCAAUUCCAUCAACAGUUAUACAUUUAAUUUUAGAAGAAAACUUUGAUCAAUCACUUAAAUUUAUACCACCUACCGUAAAAUGUUUGUUUUUAUAUAACAUCAAGUAUCAAUUAAUACCUGGUUCUAUUCCAAAUCAUUUAAAAAGCCUUGGAUUUGAUAAUGGUUUCUCUCAACAUUUAACAAAAGGUAUUAUCCCUGACUCUAUAAAAUUAAUUGUAAUUGGUGAUGUAGUCUAUCCUUUAAAACCAGACUCCAUUUCAAACCCCGACCAAACAAUAUAUAUAACACACAGAUACAAAUAUCCAAAAAUAAAAACGUUCAAGUAUCUAUGUUAA